ACGACUGACUUGCCUGCUAUGGACUUAGAGUUGAAUGGUGUAUACGCUGAACGCGCAGAGUGUACGCUUGCUAGACGCUGUGGACGGAUAUUUUUUGUGUUAGCUACAGACAUAGGCGCAAAUUUUCAAGUGCCAACUAAGAGUUUCCUUCUCGAGCUUUCGACUAACGGGACCAUUGCGUUGAUGCUUCUUAAAGUUCGAGCCUCGAAUGAACACACUGCCAGUAGCACAAAAAGAUUAUUUAUUAUCGGGUCCAGUGUGGCACGUGGAGAUGCCAACAUCGGCUAUCGCCUGUAGUCCCUCUAACUGCUCAUGAUAGUGUUUGUAUGUCCGGCAUCAUCACAGUGCUUGCUGAAGUUUUCCAUUGUACUCAAAAGAUAUACCUCUGGAUACAUAAUUGAUCUUCUGUGCAACUCAGCUGUAGAAAGGAAAUCUGCUGUAGUGUGUAUGAAGUCUGUUGAUCAUUGUGCCGGGUAUAUGUACCGCAAUCGCAUGAGGAUUUCGACAACAGGCGUGUGUCACGCUGAUAUAAGCUAUUGUAAGAAGAGAGCCUGUCACUAGGAUAUUACUCUUCAUGUCUGUUACUUGCUUUCUGCAUUAAUUCUAGAUCCAAAAACGACACGGUGGAGUGCUUUCGUCAGGCAGGUGCCGUUGCCGGUGAAACUGCUCUUCUCAACGAGUAUCUCGUACGAUGCUAUGAUUUGCAAGGGGAGUCGUGUUUUUCGACCUGUAAAGCCGACAAGCGCUGCAGCUCGCGUUUACCGGUUCACUACAUGGAUACCAAAAGAAAAACAUGUCCAAUACUGGUCUAUGAGGACAGUUCUCCGGGCUUUGUCAGACGCAUGCUAGACGCCCUGCUCGAUUACCAGACGCUUAAGAUUAUCAACAUAGGUGACAAGAAAAUAGGACUUUUACAUCGACUUAUUCAGCUAAUCAUCCUCGUCUAUAUAGUCGGGUUCGUUAUAAUCUACAAGCGAGGUUAUCAACAAUUUAGCACGGCCAGCUCCGCUACAACAACAAAGGUGAAAGGAGUGGCGUCAACGUUGCACCUUCGUGACUCCGAUUUCGACUCAUCUGUGCCAGAUACUAAGGUGUAUCGAAGAGUAUGGGACGUUGUUGAUCUCGUUCAGCCUCCCAGUGAGCCCGAUGCUUUUUUUAUCACAACAAAUCUCAUCAUUACGACGCAGAGGACAGGUCUUUGUCCCGAUGAAAAUAUUAAGGAUGCGCGUUGCCAUUCUGAUGCGGAUUGCCUGGACGGCCGAAGACUGCUGCUCGGUCAUGGCGAGCAGAGCGGCCGUUGUGUAACAACAAGCGGUUUUGAAUUGGGAAAAUUCGAUCGACGAAUUAAUGGUGCGUCUUCAUGGAGGGCCGAGGCCGCUUUUCCUAGCGAGGGAGUUUGCGAGGUUCGGGGCUGGUGUCCUGUGGAACACGACAUCGGACCAUUACGGAAUAAUACCCCUCUCUUCCGGGAUGUCCAGGACUUUACUGUACUUUUGAAGAACUACGUUGACUUUCCAGUAUUUCGGCUUAAGUUGCGAAAUAUUGACGAUUUACAAAAUCGUAGCUAUCUGCAGAGCUGCAUCUAUCAUCCGGACCGAGACCCCCACUGUCCGAAAUUUCGUGUCGGUGACAUCAUCAAGCAGACGGACAAUUCGUUCGAUAGCAUAGCUGUUAAGGGCGGAGUCGUUCGUAUAGUUGUGAACUGGGAUUGCAAUCUAGACUGGGAUUCACGAGGUCGUAAAUGCGUUCCUCUGUACACGUUCAGCAGAAUUGAUGACGCCAAGGCAAACCUUGGACGUGGCUGGAAUUUUCGACACGCUCUCGUUCACGAUCUUACCCAUCGAACGUUGUUUAAAGCUUAUGGAGUGACGUUCCGCAUUUCUGUGCAAGCCCGUGCUGGAAAGCUCAAUCUCAUACCCAUUGCUAUUAACGUUGGCUCCGGACUUGGACUUCUAGCCGUGGUGGCAAUGUUCUUGGGAAGCGUACGAGAAGGCAGAAUGGCUGACCGGGUAGCCAAAGUCGUGCAACAGUCGUUAGAGAAAAGGGAAAUGCUCGUACAAAUCUUCGAUCCUCUAGAGCGUGAAGAAUAUCACAUUCUGCGUAAGCCAAUACAUUUUUACUCUUUGAAUGAAGAAGUACCUGAAUAUCUUGUGGAGGAUAAUCAAACGCUGUUAGAUUGUGACGCCUACAUUAUCGUCUGCCCUGAAUAUAAUAGGUGCAUUCCAGGAGCCUUAAGCAACAUGCUCAAUCACUUUCCUCCUGCUACGUUUGCUGCUAAACCUGUAGGCGUUGUAGGUUACUCAAUGGGUCGGCUUGGAGGUGCUAAUGUUACCGUUCAGCUAAGAGAUUACCUGAACGAACUCGCCAUGAUCUGUUUACCAAUUAUGGUAAACAUUCCGUUUGUAUCGGAGGCUAUUUCAGUGGAAGGAGACAUAUUAGACCCCCGCCUAGAACCUUUACUCAGUAACAUGCUCAAUCAGCUCGUGUGGUACUCCUACGCCAUGAAAAAAAUAAAGGAAGAGCAUGGCCAAAUGCCCCUUUGAGCAAAACGUAACAACGGCAAGCUACGACCCGCUGUCUAUACCUAGACGAGCGUUCUUUCUGAUCGAACAAACCGUCGAAACUUUUUGAAGCAAUCAACACAGUAUACUGAUAAUAUAUCUUACCGUAUCUUUAUUUUUGAAAAACUAGAAUCUCACUCUUCCAUGAAAUGAAAGCCAUCACUUUUCCAUCAUAGUAAACCAUUGUCGGCAAUCGUUUUCACAAAUGAACAUCUCUUAAAUGGACGGUGACGGAAUUUUUACACACUCUUACUUUCAACUACCAAUCACAUAUUAGCUUAAAUUAUACUGGAGAAAAGGUCAGGAGGGAAGGAGAAGACCUGAGCCCCUUCGACUAGUCCUACUAAAGUGUCUACAGCGUAACGGCUGGUUGCCUUUAGCUCCGUUUGUCCUAAAACAGGUGGUAAUUUCACUCGAUGACGUUAGUACAGACUUCGCAUAAAUCGCGACACACGAUACGAUUUCUCAGGAACUGAACAAACAACUGGAACUUAUCGACACUUCGUAAUUUUAGGCGUUCCCAAAAAGCGCCGAAUUUAAGUUAUUCUGGGGGUUCUUGGUUCUAUGGGAACUAGACAUUCAUAAGUGUUACAGCGACAUUAAAGAUCACAGCUCUGGCAAAUUAUACUAUGUUGAAAUGAUAGCUAUCCCGAAUGCGACUCGUAUCUUAACAUUGAUCAUGACAAUAAACUUGA